AUUUAACACUUACUUCAAGGUGGAAAUUAUGUGGCUUUAAUUUUAUUGAUUAUAAUUUUAAUUCUAGUACUGGUACACCUAUUAUAUUUGAUGCGCUAGUUUUUAUGCAUUUUAUAUUGAUUAUAUUAAUAAUAUAUUUUAUACAGUUUAUUGCUCAACUAGCAGCUCCUGAAAUUAGCCAGGCCGAGGUCAUAGGUUAAACUUAAAAGGGACACGCAUACUGAUAAAAAAUGUGAUCACUGUGAUUAAAAAUGUCAUGCAAAUGCAUAAUUAUGAUUUUUUUUUUUAGGACAUUAAAACCAACCAGAUGUAAAGGGAGAUUAAAGUUCACCAAAAUCAUUUUUAAAUCAUCAUUUACUCUUGCCCUCAUGCCAUUCCAAACCUGCAUAGCUUUCAUUCUCCUGUGGAUAUAAAAGAUUAUAUUUUGAUACUUGUUCCAUACAAUGUAAGUGAAUGGACUGCAAUGUUGUUUGGUUCCCAAAGUUUUUCAAAAUAUCAAAACGUCAUGCAGGUUUGGAACGACAUGAGGGCGAGUAAAUGAUGACAGAAUUUUCAUUUUCAGGUGAACUACUCCUUUAACAAGAUAUGGCGGAAAUCCUGGCUGGUUCUGUUUGAGCCCAGCCCUGCAGGAGUUGGUCGCAUGGAGCUGUACGACAUGCGUGAUGGAGGGCUGAAGGGCUUCUCCAUUUCGAGGCCUGCAGCGCUCAAGAAAACAGACAAACGGGUGAUCCGCCUGACAGACUGUCUGAGCAUCACCCCGGCCCCAGGAGAGAGCUGUCCCACAGAUUGCUCUGCCUUCUUUUUAAACACCACCUCAUGCACCUACACCAUCGCUGCUCCCACUCGGGAGGACUGGAUCUCUGUUCUGUGCCAACGAGCAUUUCAGAAGACCCAAGGAGCUGAAGAUACCAGGAAAGUCCAGAAAGAUAAAUACUUGCCACCGGCUGACAAUCAACUGUACUCCACCUGGGGAGCAGGCCAGUUCCAGGUGACAGUGCAGAACACAGACGCUUCUCAGAGGUGCAGGAUGUCUGGGUCAUACCUGCUGUCUUCUGAGAAAGAGGCUAUUUGCCUGCUGGACCUCAAGACCGGACAGGCCAUCUACCACUGGCCCUACAGGCUCCUCCGGAGAUUUGGCCAAGUCAAGGGGGGAAUUAUGAUCGAGGCAGGUCGUCGCUGUCACACUGGGGAGGGUCAGUUCAUUUUCUUGUCAAAACAGGGGUCGCAAAUACACAGGGCCAUUGAGGAGGCCAUCAUGCACCAGAGUGUCCAAGAACUGCUAGCACAAGCUACUGCUCUUCCGCAACAGUUUGCACCCCAGCCCCCCUCGCCUAAUAGCAAACCAAAGGACAGGCCUAAGGCGAAAAUGCCUCCUCCAAUCAGCAUGAAUCAAGACCGACCGCACCCAGCAUUACAAUGCAAAUAUGGACAGCAAAAACACAAAGCCAAUGAAGAGGCACACCAGAGUCGCCAAGAGCUUCUGUCACCAUCCACACCCCUUCCACAAGCCAUUCCAAACCCACCACUUUCACCAAAACCCAAAAGUACUGUCAAUAAGCAUUUUUCAAAGAACAAGAAUCAGGAAAGACCUUGCCCACCUACAGUCCAGAAAUUUGGACAGCCAUUACACAAGCUCAUUGAAGGUGCUCUCAAACAGCAGAACGUCCGUGAGCAGCUGGCAUCAUCCAACCCUUCUCAACAAGCCCCUCCACCACCACCGCCAUUGCCUAAAACCAAACCAUGGAACAGGCCUAAUGUUAAAAAGCAUCCUCCGGCUAACUUAAAUCAAGAAAAACCCUGUCCUGCACUUCCACGCAGAAAAGUCUCCUUACCAGAUCCACCUUCUUUUGUCAAAAGCCCUGUGAGUAGCCCAGAUGAGGUUUUGUAUUCAAUGGUAUUUCCACAACCAAAACCAAGAGCAAAAAUGAAUCUUCCAGGAGUUGCAACACCUCCCAGUCUACCACGACACUUCGGAUUUAACGAUAAUCCAUAUUCAGAUGUAAUUAUGGAGAAAGAGAAGGAAUGCAAAACAUCACAAAAACCUUCUAAGAGCAGCGAUUUGGAGGCUCCCUACACUAACUGGACUGCUACGACUACUGCCAAGAGUGAUGAACCGAAUAUUGAGGAUCUGUAUAGCAAAGUGAAUUUUGCCACUAAGCGUAAGAACAGACAGACUGAGGACAAUGGUGGUCAAGAGCAGCCAAACGCUGACCAACAAACUCCUGUGACCACCUCAAGUGAAAUCCCUGUUGACUUCAAACAGACCCUUUCUAGCAUUCUGUUUAAAGAUCUGUCCAAAUUGCCACCCCCAUUUCCUUCCAGGUCACAUGGGGGAAGUUACGAUCAGUUAGACAGUAUAGAUGAGCAGAUGACUGAUUAAGGUUUCUAUCUCUACAGUUGAGGUCACUGCUAUUGUAAGUGAUUUGUAUUAUACUGUGCGAUGAGUUUUAACAUUGUACUUUUUUAAUAAUAAUGUACAGAAUAUGUAAUAAUUAAAUAGGCCUAUAAAGUGUAUGAUAUGAAUACUAAAGUCAAUGAUUGUAUUUGAAAAUAAGAUAUAUUGUAAAAAAUGUGUAGUCGAAAACAAUUUGGUUGUGAUUUGGUCGCUGUCAUGAAAUAGUUCUCAUUUCGAAAUGUGGGUGUGCUUUUAAUGCAGUGUUUCCCAACCCUGUUCCUGCAGGCACACCAACAGUAGGCCUACAUUUUGGACUUCUCUCUUAUCUGACCCAUCUAUUUCUGGUCUUGGAGUCUCUACUAACGAGCUGAUUAGUUGAAUCAGAUUAAUCAUUUGAAUCUGUUGGUGUGCCUCCAGGAACAGAGUUGGGAAACAUUAUUUUAAUACAUCCUUUAAGUUAACUUUUUCAUUCGGUGAAAUCCCAUUUCUUCUUUUAACUCUUGCUACAUAGCACGAGCCAUAAGCAUUGGAUUGCGGACCUUGAAUAAGCAUUUUAUUGGUUGACUACUCAUGAACGGACAUGCCCCCUUGCGGCAUUGAUUAAACUCAUUCGUGAACGAACUGAGUGAAUUAAGCAUUUCGUUCGUGAAGAGGAGCUGCUGACCGAGUCAUCAUGUGAGUCAGUCAAGUUCAAAACAAUUGAACAAUAAGGAAUAAUUAUAUAUUGAAAUGAAGUAGCCUGAGGGGGGAUAUUGUUGAUUUUAAGGUUCAACAAAAGUCAUACGUCAAUAUGAAUUUGCUUUGUUGACAUUUGGGGAACGCGUGUGACGUUUAAAACGAUGACUUGUUUCAGUCGUUCGAACUGUUGAGUGAAUCAUUUAAACGACUCACACAACACACAAAAAGACAGUUUCUCAAACUUUUUGACACCGUGUCUUUGUGUUGUGUGAGUUGUUUUAACCCGAAGAAAGAGCAAUUUUGAACUUUUUGGGUUCAAAAGCUAUGCUGGUUAAUCAAUGGGAUAUCAUACUGGAUAAAAGAACCUAUAAACUGCAUGAAACUUUUUUCAUCCAUUCAGAUUGCGCGAUUGACUGUUGUAUAUAACCAAUAUAUGAAUCGAAGCAGUCCCAAAAAAUAUAUGUAAAGAAAAUCUUUAUUAAACUUUUGAGGUA